CACGCGACGCUGACGCUUGGGAGUCAUGUGAUACCAAGAUGGUGGUGCCGCGGUAGCUUCCCAGGGACAGUACAGUCCUAGGAGCCGCGACAGUUUCUGCCCUUAGGUCGUGGGGAGGCUCAUUUAACUGACUGUUCGGCCGCCCGUGACUAGGACUAAGGACCUGAUCGGAGCUGGGGCUGUUGAUGUCAUUGGAAAUAUGAUCAGCGCCCCUGAUGUGGUGGCUUUCACCAAGGAAGACGAGUACGAGGAGGAGCCUUAUAAUGAGCCCGCCUUGCCGGAGGAGUACUCAGUACCUCUCUUCCCCUAUGCCAGCCAGGGGGCUAACCCCUGGUCUAAACUGUCCGGGGCCAAGUUCUCCAGGGACUUCAUUCUUAUUUCCGAGUUCUCUGAGCAGGUGGGGCCCCAGCCCUUGCUGACCAUCCCCAAUGAUACCAAAGUUUUCGGCACUUUUGAUCUCAAUUACUUCUCCUUGCGGAUCAUGUCAGUGGAUUACCAGGCUUCAUUCGUGGGUCAUCCUCCUGGUUCUGCCUACCCCAAGUUGAACUUUGUGGAGGACUCCAAGGUGGUACUGGGAGACUCUAAGGAAGGGGCCUUUGCAUAUGUGCACCACCUUACUUUGUAUGACCUGGAGGCCCGUGGCUUUGUGAGGCCCUUUUGUAUGGCUUAUAUCUCUGCAGACCAGCAUAAGAUCAUGCAGCAAUUCCAGGAGCUUUCAGCUGAAUUUUCCAAAGCAUCUGAGUGCUUGAAGAUGGGUAACAGGAAGGCAUUUGCUGGGGAACUUGAAAAAAAGCUGAAAGACUUGGACUACACGAGGACAGUGCUGCACACGGAAACUGAGAUCCAAAAGAAAGCCAACGACAAAGGCUUUUAUACAUCUCAAGCAAUCGAGAAAGCCAACGAACUGGCCAACGUGGAAAAGUCCAUCAUUGAGCAUCAAGAUUUGCUGAGGCAGAUCCGCUCAUACCCUCGUCAGAAGAUGAAGAUGCCUGAUUUGCAUCCUGGUGAUGUGGAGCAUACUCAAGAUCAGGCUGAGCAGGUAUCUACUACCUCUAACCCUGAGGAGUCAGCGAAUGCAGACCUUUAUACCUGCAGACCGGCUUACACCCCCAAACUCAUCAAAGCAAAAUCCACCAAGUGUUUUGACAAGAAGUUGAAGACCUUAGAGGAACUCUGUGACACGGAGUAUUUCACUCAAACCCUGGCCCAGCUUAGCCACAUUGAACACAUGUUCAGAGGAGACCUGUGCUACCUCCUGACCAGUCAGAUUGACAGAGCACUUCGCAAACAACAGCACAUCACGAAUUUCCUCUUUGAAGACUUCAUGGAGAUUGAUGACAGGCUGGAGAAACCAGAGAAUGUGCCCUCUCAGUCCAGUCAGGACAGGCUGCCGUCCAGGCCUGUGCAAGAAUGCCCCAUUCCUAAAGUGUUGAUUAGUGUUGGUUCUUACAAGUCCAGCGUGGAGUCUGUGUUGAUCAAGAUGGAGCAGGAACUUGGCGAUGGAGAGGACAAGGAAGUGGAGGCAACAGAGUCCAGCAGUUUUGACCCCCAGGAAAACCUGGACUACCUGGACAUGGACAUGAAAGGGAGUGUCAGCAGCGGGGAGAGCAUCGAGGUCCUGGGCACCGAGAAGUCGUCCUCUGUGCUGUCGAAAUCUGACAGCCAGGCCAGCCUCACGGUGCCGUUGAGCCCCCAUGUAGUCCGCAGCAAGGCAGUCAGCCACAGGACAAUCAGUGAGGACAGUAUUGAAGUCUUAAGCACCUGCCCAUCGGAGGCCCUCAUUCCUGAUGACUUUAAGGCCAGCUACCCAAGUGCCAUUAACGAGGAGGAAAGCUAUGCAGAUAAUGAGGGGGCCAUCCAUUUCGAGGCAAGUGUCAGCCCCCCAGAACUGGGUGAGACUCAGGAGGGCAGCUUGGAAAAUACCCCAUCCCAAAUAGACUCCAGCUGCUGUAUUGGGAAGGAGAGUGAAGGUCAGCUGGUUCCUCUGCCCACCCCAGCUUAUACUCUCUCUGAUGAGGAUGGUGUGGUGAGCAUCCCCCCACAGCGCUACGAACACAAGGACCAAGGGUUCCAUGUGGACGCCAUGAUGGAAAACACUGACCCGUCUCUCCGAGACAACAGUGGUGAAAUGUUCCCAGCUUAUGAGCUGGAUCCAAGCUGCCUCCUGGCUAGCCGAGAUGUCAGUAAGACAAGCCUGGAUAACUACUCGGAUACCACUAGCUACAUGAGCAGUGUGGCCUCUACCAGCUCGGACAGAACCCCCUCUGCUCACUCUGCUAGCCUCUCCUCUGACAGACACAAAAAGAGAGCUGGCCAGAAUGCCUUAAAAUUCAUCCGCCAGUACCCUUUUGCCCACCCAGCCAUCUACUCCCUGCUUAGUGGGAGGACACUUGUGGUCCUGGGCGAAGAUGAAACCAUAGUCAGGAAGCUUGUAACUGCACUGUCCAUCUUUGUUCCCAGCUUUGGCUACUAUGCCAAGCCAGUGAAGCACUGGAUAUCCUCCCCUUUGCAUAUUAUGGAUUUUCAGAAGUGGAAGCUUAUUGGCCUACAGAGGGUGGCCUCCCCUGCCAGUAUGGGUACCCUCCAUACCCUGAGCCGUUACAGCCGCUAUACAAGCAUCCUGGACCUGGACAGCAAGACCCUACGCUGUCCCCUGUACAGGGGUACACUGGUGCCCCGCCUGGCUGACCACCGCACUCAGAUCAAGCGAGGCAGCACGUACUACCUGCACGUCCAGAGCAUGCUCACCCAGCUCUGCUCCAAGGCAUUCCUCUACACUUUCUGCCACCCCCUGCAUCUGCCUGCCCACAGCGAGGAGACGCAGGAAGCGGUGGCCAGCAGACAAACCAGCUUCCUCAAGUUCAACCUGGGGCUAGUGAACGAGGACGUCAGGGUGGUGCAGUACCUGGGUGAGCUGCUCAAACUGCACUACACGCAGGAGCCACCUGGGGCCGCCCACCCCCUGCUCAGGUUUGACUAUGUCCCCAGCUUCCUGUACAAAAUCUGAGGGUUCCGGCCACUGUGACCAAGACCUGACUCAGUACAGGGCGGGACUGGAAGGGUUGGUGUGACUAAAUGCUUGCCUGAGCUGGCGUGCUGAGCUUUCUGGUGUCAGCGGAAGGAAACGGGUGGCAGUUGUGGUUCCCCUCUUGUCCUGGCAGUGUGGGAAGUGGGGCGGAGCAGAGGUGGAGCCUGGCUCCCCAGAGGGGGCUGCAAGAACAGCAGCUGUUCUCGGUUCCGGGGAAGUGGCCACCAAAUAAGGGGUGUCCUUAAUUUCCCAAGGAUCAGCAGUCUGGGCAGGAAGAGAAAGCUCCAGACCCUGUGGGGCUGGAGCAGAUGAGGCUAAAUAGCCAAAGCCCAGAUGACAGCCGAGUGGCAGAAUCAGCCUGGGAACUGGUGUGCAGGACACAGGACAGCCAUCGUCUCCAUCUACCUCUACCAAGGCCCUGUACUUGGCUUCCUGGACCCCAGCAACUGAGGGGAGGCUCCCGAACAAGGACACAGAGGAACCAGUGCUCCGGUCAGUUGGAGAAAGACACACCUGGGCUGUGGGGGAUGCAGACCACAAGUGGCCCCUUGCCCUAUCUUCCCCUGUCAAGGAAGUACUCAUUGAGUCCCCAGGGGUCAUUCCUUACAGUGGUCCUGGAUGUGAAGCAGAUGUCACGGGGCUACAGCCAGUUCGAGAACUCCAUUGGGAGCUGUAGAUAAAGCAGGCCAUAGGCCAUUCCCCAGGAUGACAGGAGCUCCUACUGGCUCUUCUCAGCCAGACAUGAACCCGGACGCCCAACUGAGGUCUGGUUGCCUAGCUCGUGUUCUGACCGGAACUUAGGAGCAAGGACAUCCUGUACCAGCUCCUGGGUGGCUGUCAUUUGACCUACAUCUGGGAGGCAGUGUGCACCUCCAUCCUUACAACCAUCCACAUGUGAGUGGACCCCACCUGACCCACUGGUGGCCAUCGUCAGGACCUCCCCAGGACCUCCAUUGCAGCUGCUCCUCUUGUGCUCCAUGGAGUGAGUGCCCUCACAAUCCUGAAAAUGUGAGAUCUGUUGAAAACGUGUUGUCCCCAAAUAGGAGCAGCUCUGGUCGUUAGUGCUUUCUCAUUAGCUGAAGACAAAGACAAACCCCUGCAGUAAAUGGGACCCAGGUCGGCCCCAUGCAUGCAUCUGUUAGGUGCUGUGUCCCCUGCACAGGUCUGUCAGCUGGUCACGCCACUGAGGUCUCUCACAGAAAGGAACCCUGCAGAAGCCAAAUAACCAAAGAUGGCUUGCAGCAUGUCACUCCUGUGUCACGUUCCUUGCCCAGGUCUUUGACACAAAGUUGCAACCUGUUGGUUCUGGUCCAUGGCUUCAAGUCAUGAUCCCCAUUUCACUCUAGACAGUAGUAUGUGGUUUUGCUUCUGAGGCUCUGACAGAGAACCAGGAUUUUGUCACUGUCUGUUACAGGCAUUUACAGACACCUUAGCAGCUGUGGUUUCCCCUCAUGGACUCCCCCAUCUGCUCUUGCUUCUUAGUGUUCUAGAUGCCACUUUGACUGGUUGGCUAGUUCCCUCAGGAGCCAGGCUGGGAGGUGGUCAGUUGCUGUUGCUACUGCCUCAGCAUGGGGACUCACUGGUCCUGCACUGAGAAAGGCGAAUGAGCUGCAGCUGGGCCUUAUGGGUACUGAAAGCACAGACCUGAGUGGUCUCAAGUGGAGCUCCAUGGAGCUCCUUGGCAUUCAUCCAGGGUGACUCAGAGGACAAAGCCAAGACUGGUGUGGAGCGGGCAGAACAGUCUUGUGGAGCAGCUGAGGAAAUGGCCAACAGGUGCCUGGCCUGAGUGGCUCCUAAGUACACACUGACAAGGGGUCCAAGUCCUGGAGACAGGAUCUCAUGUAACUCAGGUUGGGUUCAAAUUCAGUAUGUACCAGGGACAACCCUGAACUCUUGAUCCUUCUGCCUCCACGUCCCAAUGGCUAAGACUAUAGGCAUGCUACCAGACCUGUUGUCUACAUUGAAACUUAGUUUUAAAACUUUGUUGUGUGAUUUGAAAGGUGUUAGUCAUUGGGACUGAGUUUGGACAGAGGAGGACUGGGAUCUUCUGGAAGUAGUGUAUCUGUGGAGACCUAUGCAGCAGGACUCAACUUACAUUUUCAUUAGGUCGUUGGGGUGAUGACACACACUAAUCCCAGCAUUCAAGAGGCAGAGGCAGGUGGAUCUCUGUGAGCUAGAGGUCACCCUGAUCUACAUGACGAGUUCCAGGCCAGCCAGGGCUACAUGAUGACACCCUUUCUCAAGAACAAAAGGUUUCACCACCUUUUCUCAAGUACUAGGCUAGUAAGGCUUUUGUUUUGUUCUUUUGAGACAGUCUCAUAUAGCCCAGGCUAAGGAUGACUUUGAACUUCUGAUCCUCCUGCCUCCACGUGCUGAGAUUGUAGGACUGUCAUGCCUAGAUUGUACAGUUUUGGGGAAUGAACCCAGGGCUUUAUAAAUACUAGGCAAGCACCCUACCAGCUGAGCUAUAUCCCUAGCCUGGCUAGUUUAAAUUAUACCAUGAAAACCACUUCACAGAAAGAUAAGAGCCCCUUCUUUAUUCCUAUCAUUUUGAUUCGUAACACUAACACUGCUAAGUCAGGUUUAUUUCAACUUGACUACCAAGCAAUUACUCCCCUUCCUGUUUUUAAAGCUGUCUAGUUUAAGAACCAUCCAACUGAGCUGGUGAUGACACUUGUCAUUGUACAAGUAAUGCUUGUACAUUACCGAACAUUCACAUGCUCCAUUGUUGAGGUCAGUCCAUGGUCUUCUGUAUGGGGAUACAUGGAAUACACUGGCUUGAGUUGCCACCUUCUGCCUCACCAUUUCCCUUCAGUAGAACCUUGAAUUAACAAGGUUUUAACUCAGCCAAGUGGUGGUAGCGCACGCCUUUAAUCCCAGCACUUGGGAGGCAGAGGCAGGCGAAUCUCUGGGUUCAAGACCAGGCUGGUCUACACAGAGCCUAUCUCAAAAACAAAUACUUUAACCCCUCCAUGAUUUGCUACUGAAGUGGCUGAAGUUACUCUUAAACUUAGAACUGGACUUCAUUUGUGACCUGUCAUUCCUGAUUUGAUCUUUAACUCCUCCUUUACUUUAGGGUUUCAACCUCAUCUGAAUUAGUUCCCAUCUCAUAACCCUAGGAAAGCCAGGAGACCUCCCUUCUCCCUGGCCAAACAUCAAAGCCAGCAGUGCUGGGUGGUACCAGAGGCAGAGCUUCUAUCUUGUAUGCAUCUUGGCUACCAGCCUGUUUUGCUCAGUGCAUGCCACUCCCCAGCCUGAGUGCUACAUAUUGGACCAAUGUCCUGUGCCACCGUGGUUUAUCUCCCAAAUGGUUGGGUUGGGUAGCAGUAGCUCACCCAGUUGGGGAUGAUGCAUCAUCAGGUAUACAAGGCCUCUGGAAGUUCCAAAUCCUCAUGGCAGUAGGCCAUGCGGGAUACUUUCUACUUCUCCCUAGAAAGCUCCUGAGAAAGUGCCUUGGCUUGUACUUUGAAACAAAUUAGCCAGCUUUCUGGCUUUACCCUAAUACUGUGAUCAAAUUGGAAUUUUUAAGGGACACACUCAUACUUAGGCUGAAGAAAGGAGAGAUUAGAUUUCUUUUGCUCUGAAAACAAAGCCUUGCUUGAGCUUAAACAGUUUCCCCGAGCCCUUGGCCCACUAUGGUUUGGUUAAGUUAAAGCUUUGGGAAGGAACAGCGGAAGAGAUGAGCUGUGGCAGUGGGGGAAAAGCGUCCUGCAGCGUUGAUCUACGGGUUUACAGCAGAGGCCCUACUUGGAGCUGUGGAGCUGUCUUCAGCUGGGCAGGAAAAAUUAAGUUCCUGGAAUCAAGAUUGCUAAGGCAGUGUAGCAGCCCCACGAUCGGAGAUGAGGGGACCAGUAUGCCACCACACCCCAUGGAAGUGGACCAGCUCCCAGGGAGCCUUGGCCAAACCACCUUCCGGACAGCUGGAGCUGCGGACUUGACUGAGGCGUACAGCAGUGAGCGGGCGGCACGGUGUGCGAAGAACUCUCGUUAUUUUCUAAGAAGCUGUUCUUUUGCUGCAUGUCCCACCAUGUCUGUGAAUAUGUGUCCAAACCUGCAAGCUGCAGUCACAGUACUGGACCGGCACUGCACUGCUGACGUGACUGUGUCCCACAGGCAUUAUGCACAAGGUUAACCAGAGGAAAUGCCAAACAAAUAGUAUGAGGAGUGUACUUUUUAAGAUAUUAAUUUAUUUGAGUUCAGAUAUUUUUAAAAUAUAAAAACUGGUUGUAUUUUUUAAAGUUAUAAUUCUUGUAGACAUUCUGUGGGUAAAAAUUUGUGUGUAUUAAAAAGUCACCAAUGGUUUGCAAUUCAGCUAUGUAAAAAUAAAGACUCUUUGGGAAGGUA